GUGGGUCUGAUCAGCUCAUCAUUAGGCGAAGAAUCCGCAAGCCUCGCUGCGCAUGCGCAUAAUGCAGACUGGGCGUUAGAGAGCGGGGUUAGGGCACAGAGACCGGCACAAGUGGGAAAGUAGAGCAGUGAGAGAGAGCGCAGCCAAACUUUACAGCAAGUCUCUGCAGCAAGCGACACAGCAACAUAAGUGCAGGACGAAUAGGAAAACACACAGAGGAGAGAUAAAGGAGGCACUGUGUGUGUGGCUGAUGGAGAUAAAGGUGCAGUGCGCAGCCGGAGCUGUUUAGCCGCUCUAGGAGAGGGAUAAGAGACAAGCUGGUGCUGCUGAGACUGCAUGGCACGGAUCCUGAUGGUGCCCCACAGUUAGGGAUUUAGGGCUUCCUGAUGGGCAGAGGACUGGGCUCAGAGAGAAGAGAGCAAGGAGGCUAAAAGGGGACCAAUCGCCAAGCCAGACAGUCGGGGUCUCAGUGCUGGUAUAGACUCAAGCUUGGGAAGGGGUGUUCGUACAGGAAAUGUUGAUCAGUAUGAACAUGGGAACCAAAGAUGUUAGCCUCCUUGAAGAGUCUUCUGCCCAACACAGUGACCUCCAUGUCCAGGAACCUUCCACUCCAGUGGAUAUUCCAGCACCUCCACCCCCACCACCUCCUAAUCUGAAUAACUGUAUGAUUCCUGGGAGCCCAAUCUUAAGGUUUGACACCAAGCAACGGUCACGAUUACGCAACUUCAACUGGGAGGCCAUACCUCCUGAGAAAGUGAAGGGCAAGCCCAGCCUGUGGAGCUCAGAGCUUUUUCAUGAAGAUCUGCAAAUUGACACAAGAAGGAUGGAGGAGCUAUUUGGGAAACCAGAAGAAGACAAAAAAAGAAAUUCUUUAUUGGUACGCAGGACCAUGUCAUUAGGGGAUUCACACUUGAACAAGGUUUUUCUGCUGGAUUCCCGGAGAAGCAUGAAUAUAAGUAUUUUCCUCAAACAGUUUAAAAGGUCAGCUGCACAAAUAGUGGAAGAUAUAAGGAAGGGUAAGGCAGAAGAAUACAGCUCGGAGAAACUCUCGGAACUCCUGAAGCAGCUGCCAGAAAGGGAUGAGAUAAAACGCCUCCAGGCAUUUAAGGGGGACAGGAGCAGGCUGAGUGAAGCAGACCUUUUCAUGCUGUUAUUGCUAGAGCUUCCAAGCUACACCUUGCGGCUAGAGGCGCUGAUUCUAAAGAAGGAUUUCCAUGCCAAUCUCGUGUCUCAGCUCUCCACAGCCAGAGAACUUAAAGGGGCUGCAGAAGAGCUGCUGCAAUGCUCGGAACUGCACGCCAUUCUCAAGCUGGUACUCAAGGCUGGAAACUUUAUGAAUGCUGGUGGAUAUGCUGGGAAUGCCAUGGGCUUUCGGAUUUCAUCUCUCCUCAAACUUGCAGAAACAAAAGCCAACAAGCCUGGGAUGAACUUGCUCCACUUUGUAGUGAUGGAGGUACAGAGCAAGAAUGCGGGCCUGCUCUCUUUCACCGACAGACUGGAGCAUGUCAGCAGUGCUAGCAGGCUUUCUGAAGUCGGGUUGUUAGAGGAGUUUAACAAGCUACAGUCCAGGGUCACUUCUAUGCGUCAGGCUUUGAAGGCAUCAGAACAGAAAGAUCUGAGGGAACAGAUGGGCAAGUUUAUAGAGUAUACAGAAGACCAACUACUUGAAGUUCAGAAAGAGAUAAAGGCUUUACAGAAGGCAAGACAACAACUGGUGGAAUUUCUUUGUGAGGAGGAAGAAACGUUCUGCUUGGAGGAAUGCUGCAAAGUUUUUAGCUGCUUCUGUCAGAAAUUUCAAUUGGCCAUAAAGGAAAAUCAAGACCGUGAGCGGGAAGAUAAACGCCGUCUACAGUGGGAGAAAGAACGCUUACAAAAGAGGCAUUCGAUGGCUACCUAUAGUUCAUCAGAAAAUCGGACAGUCGAGGAUGACCUGGAACUCACAUUGGAGAGAAAUCUACGUAGUUUAACUAGAUCUCCUAGUCUACGAUUUUGUAGGAUGCGUUCUUCAGGUUCAUUCUCUCCAACGAGCACGAUACCAGAACUAAUUCAGAGAGACAAGUCCGAGGAAGACUGGGACCAGAAGAAUGCUAACCAAAUGCGAGAAGUAUCUGAGCGACUGCUGAAGCAGCAGAUGGAAUAUAAAAAAUCUAAAAAUGUUCACAUUUUAAGUACUACAAUUUACAUGAAUACAGAAACCACACACCAGGCUUCUGCCACAAGUCAGCCUCCAUCAAUUGGAAAGUCUGGUCACACAUCUAGUCCUUUAAGUGAGGAGCCUGUUUUUGAAAUUCCCAAACAGUCAAUAGACCACCAUGGCCUUCAAAGACAAGCAGCUUCCUUACCCAUAGCUACAGCUGAUACUAGCGGAGAGUCCCAGCCUGAAUCAGAUAAAGAUACACAAUGUGUGACACAGCCUGAACUCAAGCCUGCUAAUAGGUUACAACCCCAGCCUCUUGUAUCUUCCCCAAAUGUAAUACUACCGCAGUAUGAAUUAGAGUCUGCAAACCAACCAAAUUCCCAGAUUACACAUGAGGCAACCAAACACUCAGACCUUGUACUUCCGCUUCCUUCAGCAACUUAUAUGCCUGAGAUAAACAUGCUGGGUACUGUAGGGAAGCUUAGAGAUCAGGACAUAUCUGGUGUUUCCCAAACCCAGCCAGAAACAGGGAACCUGAGACAAUCACAACCAAAAUCGGAUACUAACGUGUUAUUAAUAAAUGGGCCUGAAUAUGAGAAGCCAAACCAAACCAAAAUCCAGAAUUCACAAGAUGAUUCCAGACAACUCUGUUUAGAAACUGAGAACAUUAGAGAAUCUCUACCAGGUAGUCCAAGAGAAUCUAUUAAGCAGUCCUCAGCCCAGAUUGUGCCUUCUGCUCAAGGACCAGAAGAGUCCCACUUAGAAAGUACAAGUGAAGCCUGUAGACAAUGUCCUACCAAAACAGAUCCUACGAUCGUCUCACAAGCAAACUGUGAGAGUCCAAAUGAAGUAAAGAGGCAACCCCUGACUCAGUCUGGUUCACUAAAUAAAAGACCAUUGCUACUGCAAAAUGUAAUGGACACUUCCACUUCCUUGAAAUUUAAGCCUGUACCUGCGAACCGCAGGCGAUCAUUACCACAAAGUGCAACUGAGCCUCCCAGACUGCCUGUCUCUCGCAGGCAGUCUGUCCCGCAGUGUGCAACUGAAAGGACAAGUCCAUUAACCAUCGCACCAGAACCUACGUUAGUGUCUCAACCAGAACCUAACAUUUCCAGUCAAUCUCAGCAUGAAAAAAAGACUGAUUCUCUUAAGCAAAUGCCGUCUCAAUCGGGAUCAAGGGUGAAGAGCAAACCAGUAGUGCACCCUGUAAUGCAGCAAAAUUCACUAGACCAAACUAAGCCUGAGGUUAUUGUAGAAUCACUAUCCCAGUCUGAGUCUAGAUGCCCUGAACCAUCGUGUAAACAGUCGGAGCUUGAGGCUCAAGGACAGUCUGCAGCUCAUGCAGAGCUUGAGCCUGCUGAAGACCCUAUUCAGCCUGGGAAUGAAACUCCCAAACAAUUGUUAGUACAGCCCUUAACAAGAAAUGUUAAGCAGACACAAUGCCAACCUGUGGCAAAAGUUCUGAAGCAAUUAGUAGGGAAACAAAGGAUGUCAAAGCAAUUGCAGGCUCAGCCUGGAGUUCAGAAAUCUCAGCCUGCAGCAGAAACUGUCAACCAUUCAGUAGCUCGUUCUAAACCUGAGAGUAUCAAAUAUACGCUAAUUCGGACAAGUUCUGUCAACACCAGGACAACCGUGAUGGAAUCCUUGCCAAACAAACAGCAGGGUAAGCCAACAAAAGCCCAACCUUCAACAACACAAGAGAAGAUGACAGAGAUACAGGAUGAGACUUCUAAAACUGUAAAGCCAAGAGACUCAGAAAGCAAACCAUUAGCAAAAGGCCAAAAGCCUAUUCAUACUGUAGGAAAAAGGGACCCCCCUAAUCCUUGCUCUAAAUGGAAGAGAGAGCUUCACAAUACCCCUGAUAGAGGAGGUAGUGGUGGAAAAGGGGACCUAAAGUCAGAAAGCAGCAGUGCAGCGACAGUAAGUAAUAGUGUUGAACACAAGAGGGAAGAUAAUCAGAAAAAUGUUUCCAUGGGUAGAAGUGGAAGCCCCAUUGCAAAAAUUCUAAAAAGUAGUGAUCCUGGACUUGGAAAUAAAAAAGUCUUUGCACAAAAAGAUGCGGCCCCAACUCCCCUCCAGGGGCCUGGGGGUAUGAAACAAACUACGUCCUCCCCCAAACUGGCUCAGAAGGAGACCAGGGACAUCAAGGUUCCUAGCAGAACUUCUUCACCUAAUCCUGGGUCAGUAAAAAUGACACCUGACAAGGUGGCGUGGAAUGCUAAGGAGAAAAAUGACACUGCACAUGUAUAUAGUAAUGAAGGUUCUAAAGUGGCUGAACGAAAGUACAGGUCUUUCUUAACAUCUAAAUCAUAUAUUCCUGCCCCACAAAAAUCCUUACAACUGCCAUGGCAUAACUUGGAGUCUACUAGAGAAUCUGUUUGGGUGCCCCACGUUGGGCCUAGUAGAACAAAUGCUGUGGCCCGUAUGGCUUUCCGUGUUAUAAGGCAGGAAUUCAGCACCUCUAUACAUCGUGGACUGAGGAGCCAGCACCUAGACAAUCUCCCAGUAUGGAGGUGAGAGGCUGCUUCUAUAAGGAUAUUGCUUAUAAUGGCACUUUUUUUCCCUGUGCUGGUACAAUGACAUCAGAGACUGAACUUGGUUCUAUCAAAUAUGUACCAGGUGCCAGUACGCAUUUUGCAAGUCACUUCUGCUUGGAUGAUUUCUGUGUACUGUUCAUUACAACCUAAAUCUAUACCCAAAACAAUUAGGUUAUAUAAGCAAAAAAAGUGGCCUUACCUUAUAAAACUGUUGCAGCAACACACAGCAAAACUGUGUAAAACAGGACACAAGCUGCAAUAGCUUUUCAAAGAAGGAUUUUAAAAUCGAUGACAUUUUACCCAUGUUUGGUACUGUGCUGUGGAACAAUCACUGGCCAAAAUGGCAAAGGAACCCACAUAUGCAAAGCAGUUUCAAUCAUAAACUAUUUAUUUGAUUACAACAGUAUAUGUAUAUUAUUGGACCAACAUGAGGGGAAAAGGCAGGCUACACAAUACUUAUUACAAAGAAUGAAAGGCAUGUCAUGCCUGAGUGGCGGUCUAUUUUCCCUUUAACUGUGAGGGUGAACAGGACACAGAUAAUGAACAUUUCGGCACUUCAGCUGAUGCAGAAUUACCUUUUACAGCAUCCUGCUCUUUUGAGCUGGUGGGGGUGAUGCUGGUAGUUGUAAUCUUUCAUUACCCGAAGUACCAAAAGUUGUCUUUGUUACUGCUUAUGAACAACAUCUACCUCCCUCAGUCUGUACCCCUGCAGAGAAAGCAGCCCAGAUAGUGCUGGAUGUCAAGGAAUCGGAUGCAAUGCGUUUAUAUGUAAAUAUGUGUAUGUAUGUAUAUAUUUGUUCCUAUUUAAUAUGUAACCGGGUAGAUGAUGCUAUUUAUUGAGAUGUUCUGCACAUGGAUUUCUUUGCAUAGUAUUAGACGUUGUUCCUUCAGCAUAUAAAGCUAAGUUGAAUCUGGAGCGUAUAUAUCUAAGUUUGUACUGAUGGUAAUUAUGUGUUCAUGGUGCCAGCUCCUUCCUUGGAGUAUAAAUCCAAAUGCUGAGGCGUUACACAAAGAAAGCUGUUAGUAACCUAUUUAUAUAAGGAUAUACAUUAAAGGCAAGGUAUAUUAAAUAA